UUUUGCUUUUUUUAUUUCACUUGUUCACUCUUUGUAAAGCAAUAAAACAAAAAACAAUGGAAGCUAAACAAUCUCAAAGACCGGCUUCUUUGAAGCAUAUUCUUGAACGGUCCAAGCUUUUGACGUCGCAAAUUGAACAAAGCACACUGCCGUCCAUUGAACGUGGUUUGGACCAGAUCGACUCACAAUCCCAAAAAUUGUCGUCCGCCCCUACCGAUUCCUCAGAAGACAAUGUCAGAGCUCAUUAUUUCUUGGCGAAGGCAGGUGUCAAUACCAGCAUUCUGGUGCGAGAAUUAGGCACCAUUCACAUGGGUGCGCCUACCGAACCUCGAAAGCCGAUACAAGACACCGACCUUGAGGGAUACUUGUUGCGCAAACAGACACAAACCAUCGUUGACUUUGUUCAAGCUAAAAAGCAAGAAAUUUACCAUGACACCGACGAAGCAUUUGAUCGAGAUCUUUAUUGGCGUUGGCAGGAAUUAAAGCAGAAGCUUGAUGUUGGUGAAGCCGAUACUGCUGAAUUUGCUUCGUGGCUGCGCACAAAGCACUUUGCAGAUGCUGCCACCAUGACUCUCGGUCAUACAAGACAUUAAGCCGUUGUCACCACCACUCACGCAACGCAAUUUCAUCUAUCCCCUUCGAACGCCUGCUACCAUCGAAAAUAACAAAUAUCCCCAUUCGUGGAAAAAUCCGAUCCUUGUCUCAUCUUGUAACAUUGCAUACUCUAAUGUUUUAAAAUUCUUGCCAAACUAAAAACCAGUCGCCGCACGCCAAAAUUUGUGAGCUAAAAAACAGCCACAUGGUGUUCCUUUUCAUC